CCGCAAUCAUCCAACUGGCAUCAGGUCACCGUCACCAUCCAGCACGCAGCGCAGAUAAACGGAUCUGUAACGCGAUCGACUUCUUCGAAAAGCAUUGGCUUGCUUAUUUCUCCCAUUCGAUUCGAUUGGUGACCGCUUCCCGAAAACCGACACGACACCAUGUUUGACCUUCCCAUGGCAAGACGCGUUCGACGCGAUGAGCUACUUUCCAGAGACUCAGAAUCACCUCCCGCAUCCCCGCCCCCUGAAUCCGCGCUUCCAGAUGUUCAGCAGCGCCUCGGUGAAUUGCUCAAUCUCGACGCCCUGAUCGCACCCGCAUACGCCGCCCCUGAACCCACCCAACCACAGGACAACGAGCACAAAGCGGAGGAUGAGGAACAAGAGUUUGAAUUUCGGCUGUUCAGUGCUCCUGCCCCGGCGACAGCCACGAAACCCUUGGCUGGUGCGACGUCGGACGACAAGGACGCAAACGAGAGCAAGGGGACGGACCCCGCCGCCCCCGUGGGGGUGGCGCAGAAACUUCGAAUCCGCGUCCGGUCUCCUACUCCCGGGGCCGGAGGUCUGGAGGAUGGCCGGUUGGUGAACCCCUUCCGGGGGUAUGGGCACUACUUCACCGCGCCGGGGUCGAUGACGGGGGGAAAGGCGGACAGCGAGGAGGAGGAGAUUCUCAGCGCGAAGAGGCAGCAGUUUGAGGAGGUGGCAGUAUCCGGGCUGCAGAUGCUGGGGUUCGCUCAGGUGCCGUGGCCUGGUUGUUACCUACCUUGGAAAGUGGUUCAUCUGAAGAGUGAGAAGAAGGCGAAGGGAACUGAGAGUGCAGGUGAUAGCGACACCCAGCCGGCGACUUGUGUGGUCGAUCCGCCCGAGAGGGUCCCGGUUUCGAGCAAGAAGCCCGGAAAGAAGCGGCGCAUCCAGCUGCGGAAACGUCGUUCGGCCAAGGAUGAAGCGAAGAAGCGGCAAGAUGAGGAGGAGCAACGUAAAGCAGAGAAACGCAAUCGGAAGAAUCGCGAGCAGAAGCUCAAGCGGAGACAGAAGGCCAGAGAACAAAAGGCCGCUGCUGCCGCUGCCGCCGCUGCCGCCGGCACAGCCGAAGGUCAAGCUGCUCAACCUGCUGGGAUUGAUGAAGGUGCUUCCUCAGAUGGAGGAAGUGACUGAGGCCCUCCGAAAGUGUAUUAUGUCUCCCAUUAAUUCUUAGCCUAUGAUACCCGUGCCGAUAUCAUCUUUCCAACGAUUAUCUUCUUCUACGAAUUUUACACUUCUACUACGACUGACUAAAUUGGCACAUGUCGGUC